AUGAGCAACUUGGCCAAGAAUAACACUGACCUGUACCAUCACUACAAGUUGCUGGCUCCCAGGCUGCUGGAGGAAAUCUCCAGGCUCCUGAUCACCUGCAGGAGCUUGGGCAUCGUCCUGCCCAGGGGCAUCAAAAACAUCUUCGAGUUCACAUGGGAGGAGCUCAUCAUGGAGCCCCCCAGCACAUCAGCAUCCAAGAUCUCUGGCCUGGACAUCUUUUUUGGACAGCUCUCUUCUGUGGAGCUGUCUUUUUCUGCCACCUCCAGGAAGCCCAUGACCAAGAACUCACCAUCACCCGCAGCCCUCAUCCAACCGAUGCCCAACAGCUAUCGGAUCCUCCAAAAAUUCCAAAAGAAGUUGAUCCACCUGCUGUCUGAACUCCUCUCCCUGAAACUGAAGAUGAUGAUAGAGUCCUCCACAGGUUCAAGCCCCAUGGAUAUUUCAAAGCAGUUUGUUGAAGCAAGCCAACAAUUACAUCUCAAGGCCAAGGAGAUAAUUUUGGAGUCUAUUCUGGACACAGUUGGACUGGGGAAAGGAGGCGGAGGAAAACAGUCCAACAUCUUCACUGCCGUAGGGGUGAAUUCUCCUUACCAGCUCGUUUUUCAGUCUUCUAAUGCCUGUUUGAGUUUUUCACUCUCUGGAGCAAAAGAAAGGAGAGGAAGUCCCAGUAAACAGAAGUUAUCCAUUGUUGAUGACUCCACAGGAAGAAUUACAGAAAGUAGCAGUAGUGAACCUUUUUCGUUUAAUGACCUCUGCCGUCAGGCCCGGGAAAAGCUGCAAGAAAUGGGUCGAAUUAUAGAAGCUGAAAAGAACUCACAAAAAGGGAAAAGAUUUUCUUCCCCUGUCAUUUUACACAACUACAGUGACAGGAGGUCCAGUUCUCACUCAAUUAUCUAUAAAGGGGACUCGAAGUCUUUCUUACAUUCUACAGCACGCCCUCCUUACCCUGUAGGCCAUCGUUCUCAAAUACUGGACACCAAGUCGAAGAGGGCCUUCAGGUUUCAUUACACCUUCUAUGAUGGGACCACCUUUGUUUUCUAUCCUUCAGGACAUAUUGCUGUGUGUCAGAUUCCUACAUGCUGCAAGGGAAGAUACACAACCUGCAUUUUCAAUGAUACACCAAACUUCCCCAUCAUGGGUCUGUUUACUGCUGAAGGCCAUGGAAGUGUGCAAUAUAACCUCAAGAACCACUAUCCAUGUCUAUUUAUGAUGAAUCAUGAGGGAGGGUGUAUAAAAGACACUACGGGACAUACAGUUCACAAAUGGAGUUGGACCUCCAAGAAGCGAACCUUGACAUCAUUAGAGUAUAAGAUGAAUGAACAAAUUAAACUGAAGAUACACAAUCAAGAUUCCAUAAGCAUCACCUUCAGUGCCCUGAAUGAGAAUGUGACUCUAGUCAUUUCACCCACAGAUUGUCCACAUGGAGCGCCCCCUGAGAAGCGGUAUUCUUAUAGAAGCGGCACUGAAGAAAGGACAUCCAAGAUGAUCCGAGCACUGGUUGAGAUUAAGAAACGAUUUCAGAAGACAGUGUCUCAGUUUAUGAAUUCUGUUUUGCUGUCAGCAGGCCUCCUCACAAUAGACUAUCCAGUGAAGGAUGAAAUAGACCUCAGCCGGUUCAAGAAGAAAUCACCAUCUUCUCUACAGUGGAUUCGGAAGUCAGCAUCAGAAUCACUUUCCCUCACUCAUUCAGCGUUACACAAUUCUUCCAUGGGGGACUCAUUUCAGGAUGAUACUUCAUCAGCAGUCAUGGGCAUUUCUAAAAAGAAGCCUAUCAAAAUCCCACCCAGAGUCCCUGUGCGGUCCAAAUCGGCAGGCGCGCCAGACCGGCGGUCCUCCGACACUUGGGCUUUCGCUCUAGCUGACUGUCCCCUGAUGCUCCGGAAGCUAUUGCUCAAACAGGACACUAGCUUUGGCUGCAGAUGUCUGGUGAAAAGCCCCGCACUCACAGAUCUGGAGUUCGAACGGUUUAUCUCAGCUCCCAGGGACCCCAGCCAAAUCCUGGUGUUCUAUGUGAUGACCACCCAGAGUUCUACCAAUUCGAGCCAUCUGGAGUGGAUCCUGGACACUCUCUAUUUGCACAGUCAGUGCGGCCGGCCCUCCCCUUGCAUUCAGUGUCAGCACGACCCUUACCGCCUGCUUCGGUAUGAUAUCCAUGGUGCCCUACAGGAAGAUCCACCACUGUUGGUACAGAAGUAUGCAGUCACACCUGGAAUGAUUCUGAUGUUUGCUGGGGGUAAGCUACUCUUUGGAGGCUUUAUCUUCAACGGAUAUGAAUGCUGUAGCAAGAAGAAUCUACUGAAACAGAUUUUCCGGGCCCGGCAACAUUGCAAGAUGGGUUACUUCCUGCCUGACAACUUCAAAUUUAGGUUUCACCGCCUCCUGCUGCUAGACCCUGAGUUUCUUGGAAAGCUGAGGUUGCUCUCAGCCGGUACGUACACUAACUUAGCCUUCCAUCUCCCUCCCCAACGCAGCCCAAACUCCCCACACCACUGA